CGGGCCGGGCGGGCCGGCGGGACGGACGGGACCGCGACCGAGGGGCCCGCGACUGCGGGGCCGGGGCCGUGACGCCAUUGUGACGUGACGACACCGGGACGCGACCGCGGCGUGACGUGCCCGUGACGCGCCCGGGCCCGGGCCUGACGGGACGGAGACGGGACGUGAGGUGACCGGACCCGGCGCGCGGCGGGCGGCGGGGCGCUGAGCGGGCUCCUGAGCGGCGUCGCCCGCCGGCGCCUCAGGGCAAGAUGGUGAAGGAGACGCAGUACUACGAUAUUCUGGGGGUGAAGCCCAGUGCGCCCCCCGAAGAGAUUAAGAAGGCCUACCGGAAGCUGGCGCUCAAGUACCACCCGGACAAGAACCCCGACGAGGGCGAGAAGUUUAAGCUCAUAUCGCAGGCAUAUGAAGUGCUUUCAGAUCCAAAGAAGAGGGACAUUUAUGACCAGGGCGGUGAGCAGGCCAUCAAGGAGGGCGGCUCGGGUGGCCCCGGCUUCUCGUCCCCCAUGGACAUCUUUGACAUGUUCUUUGGUGGAGGAGGGCGGAUGGCGAGAGAGAGGAGAGGCAAGAAUGUUGUACAUCAGUUAUCUGUAACUCUUGAAGAUUUAUAUAAUGGAGUCACAAAGACAUUGGUCCUCCAGAAAAACGUAAUUUGUGAGAAAUGUGAAGGCGUUGGUGGAAAGAAGGGGUCCGUGGAGAAGUGCCCGGUGUGCAAAGGCCGCGGGACGCAGCUGCACGUGCAGCACAUCGGACCGGGCAUGGUGCAGCAGAUCCAGACCGUGUGCAUCGAGUGCCAGGGCCAGGGCGAGCGCAUCCACCCCAGGGACCGCUGCGAAAGCUGCAGCGGCGCCAAGGUGGUCCGCGAGAAGAAGACUGUGGAGGUGCACGUAGAGAAAGGCAUGAAAGACGGACAGAAGAUCGUGUUCUAUGGAGAAGGCGACCAGGAGCCUGAGCUGGAGCCUGGUGACGUCAUCAUCGUGCUGGACCAGAAGGACCACAGCGUCUUCCAGAGGCGGGGCCACGACAUCAUCAUGAAAAUGAAAAUCCAGCUUUCUGAAGCCCUGUGUGGCUUCAAAAAGACGAUAAAAACCCUGGACGACCGAAUCCUCGUCAUCACGUCCAAAUCAGGCGAGGUGAUCAAGCAUGGGGACCUGAAAUGCGUGCAUAACGAAGGAAUGCCCAUCUACAAAGCACCCCUGGAGAGAGGGGUACUGGUCAUCCAGUUCUUGGUCGUCUUUCCGGAAAAACACUGGCUUCCUCAAGACAAGCUUCUUCAGCUGGAGGCGUUACUCCCGCCUCGGCAAGAAGUGCGGGUCACCGAUGACAUGGAGCCAGCAGAGCUGACGGAGUUCAGCCCCAGCGAUCAGAGCUGGCGCCAGCACAGGGAGGCCUACGAGGAGGAUGACGACGGGCCCCGGGCGGGGGUGCAGUGCCAGACGGCCUGAGGCGGGCGGCCCGGCCGCUCGGGCACGCAAUGGAUGUAACGUUGGCACAAUGAAAGUGGCAUCGCUUUAAUGGCCUGUCUGGGUGUCCUGUGUGUGGUCAACACCCUUAAUUGCGGAGCGUCUUUUUGGUUUUCCUUUUGGUUGUAACUUAAGUUGUAGUUUAAUUUAUAUUUAAAUGUCUUAAGUGUAAAUCACCUCUAGUCUGCAUAUGGAAUCUGUAUUUGCAUUCUCUAGAUACUGGGGAGGGGCGGGUGACCGCGCUGACGCUUUGCGCUUUAGUGGCUUUGCCAUAACUCAGUCCCACCCGUCAAGCACACCAGCCCCCGGCAAACCUCCAGCCGCCACGUGGGAGUGCUGGCCCGUGUGUGGGCCUGGCCUUCUCCCCACCACCGUCUAUGCUAGUCACUGAGGGCACGGUCUCAGGGCUGCCAGUGGGGUAUUUCGGAGUCUACAGUCUCGUGAUCCUCCAGAAUAAAAGCACAUCUGUGGCCUGGACGUGGCUCCAGGGCCUGCUGGCGCUGACGGGCUGCAGGGCCAAUGCAGUUCUUACUGUUCCGUGUCCAAGUGGCUGCAAUGGAGCGAGUGUGUCUGAUCACCUCUCCUGGAAGCUUUCGGGACCUUCCACGCCUCGUGGUGAGGACUGACCCGUGUGUUAAAGGAAAGACUGAUAGAACUGUUUGCCUGUGUCCCCCGCACCUUGUUCUUUGUGGUUUUAAUGAUUUGCUGUUGACAACUUUUACAGUGCUUUCCCACCAAAGUGCUUACUUGUAAAGAAAACUACACCUUCUGUGUCCCCAGCAGCCUCAGUGGCAACAGAAGCCAUGGCAGAACGCUGGUGGCUUGUCCCUGCAGCACAGCCUGCCUCCUGGAUGACUCGAGAGGCAAAGGACGCCUGUUUUCCACCUCCCAGACCCAGCUCCCUUGCAAAGGUCCCCUCAGCGCACAGCCACACACAAGGGCUUCCUGGUCAUGGAGACGUUCCACUGAGGACGGCACUGACCCAGCUCCACUGUGGGCUGCAGCCUGGGUGGAAAGGACGGAGGGAUGCUGGCCGUUACCUUACUCCUGGCAGGUGGACCACUACUUAAACUUAGGGUUGCCUCAACCUUCCACCAUCACUGCUCCUUUCCUUCCCACAACAGUCAUGAAGAAAAACUACCUUCUAAGCUGCUGGGUUAAAGCAAAGGCCACUUGGUUAUACAGCACCUGCGAGGGCCACUCAGACCAGGGACGUCCCCUAGGAGGUGAAAGGGCAGAUGAGACUCAGGAUAGGUGGGGGGAGCAUAGUUUGCUCACAAUAGGCCGGGAAGAGCCCACCUGUGCCACUGUGACCACUGCUCAGGACACACAUGAAACCUGUUCUUCCAGCGAAGCCUCUGUACACAACAAUUUAUAACUGGGCCACAACCGCAGGGCGUUCUGCUGCGGUGCUGUGGCUUCUAACACAUUGUUGCUGGACAACUGUUAGUGGAUGACGGGGCAAAAUGCUAUCCAGCUCCUCAUCAUGGAGAUGGAAUGGGGAAGGUGUUGCUUUCAAUUUAUUCCACCUGUAUGUACACUUGUCACUUCAAAAUUAAAGUUGAGCAGGUAUGACA